AAGAGUUGCAUCUGGGACUGUACUUUGAAAUGACAUUUUCUCAGGAAAAUGGGAAUUACACCAGCCUAAGAGAAAAGAUCUGAAGAUACUGACAUUAACAGUUUCCUCAAAGAAAUAUUCCAACCUGUUAUCACUACAAUAAAGUUCACAGUAUCCCACACUUAAAUCUGAGCCUGCAGCCCAGGAUCACUUGACAUUUUAGGAAGCCUCUUUUGUGAGAGGCAAAGGCCAAAGCCAAAGAGAAAACACUAAGAGGAAAUGGAAACCAGGUAGGCAAGUAAAAGUGGAAAGAAACGAAAAACUGUCAUUGGAUAGUUUGACAGGUGCGAGGAGGCUGAAUCCAUGAAACGUGAGGCCAAAAAAUAAAUGAAAUUAGAAAUGGAAAACUCAGUGGAAGGGCUGAAAAAUAAUCCCAAUAUAUUGGAAGUAAAGCAAAGAGAAAAUGGAGAGAAAAGAUGAGAGAAUUGGAGCAACUGUCCAGGAUUCCAGUGUUUAAAUGAGGUGCUUCCAGAAGGUGCACAGAGGAGCUAAGGGAGAAUGAGAGACCAGAGGGGGAUUCAGCAGAACUCUCCAGAAAUCAGAGGAUACACGUGUCCAGGAGAAGUGCAAAUGUCUCCCACGAGACGAAAACGUGGUAUGUUAUGUUGUUUACCGUAAGCUGCAGUAAAAUGAGCUCACUUGUUGACAGAGAUGAUGGUAGUAUUUUUGAUGGAUUGGUGGAAGAAGAUGACAAGGACAGAGCAAAAAGAGUAUCUAGAAACAAAUCUGAAAAGAAACGUAGAGAUCAGUUUAAUGUUCUCAUUAAAGAACUGGGAUCCAUGCUUCCUGGUAAUGCUAGAAAGAUGGACAAAUCUACUGUUCUACAGAAGAGCAUUGAUUUUUUACGAAAACAUAAAGAGGUCACUGCACAGUCAGAUGCUAGUGAAAUUCGACAGGACUGGAAACCUACAUUCCUUAGUAAUGAAGAGUUUACACAAUUAAUGCUAGAGGCUCUUGAUGGUUUUUUUUUAGCAAUUAUGACAGAUGGAAGCAUAAUAUAUGUGUCUGAGAGUGUAACUUCAUUACUUGAACAUUUACCAUCUGAUCUUGUGGAUCAAAGUGUAUUUAAUUUUAUCCCAGAGGGCGAACAUUCAGAGGUUUAUAAAAUACUCUCUACCCAUCUUCUGGAAAGUGACUCCUUAACCCCUGAGUAUUUAAAAUCAAAAAAUCAGUUAGAAUUUUGUUGUCAUAUGCUUCGAGGAACAAUAGACCCAAAGGAACCAUCUACUUAUGAAUAUGUGAAAUUUAUAGGAAAUUUCAAAUCUUUAAACAGUGUAUCCACCUCAGCACACAAUGGUUUUGAAGGAAUGACACCACGCACACACAGGCCUUCUUAUGAAGAUAGAGUUUGUUUUGUAGCUACUGUCAGAUUAGCUACACCUCAGUUCAUCAAGGAAAUGUGCACUGUUGAAGAACCUAAUGAAGAGUUUACAUCUAGACAUAGCUUAGAAUGGAAGUUUCUAUUUCUGGAUCACAGGGCCCCACCCAUAAUAGGGUAUUUGCCAUUUGAAGUUCUGGGAACAUCAGGCUAUGAUUAUUAUCAUGUGGAUGACCUAGAAAACCUGGCAAAAUGUCAUGAGCACUUAAUGCAGUACGGGAAAGGCAAAUCAUGUUAUUAUAGGUUCCUGACUAAAGGACAACAAUGGAUUUGGCUUCAGACUCACUAUUAUAUCACUUAUCAUCAGUGGAAUUCAAGGCCAGAGUUUAUUGUUUGUACUCACACCGUAGUAAGUUAUGCGGAAGUUAGGGCUGAAAGACGACGAGAACUUGGCAUUGAAGAGUCUCUUCCGGAGACAGCUGCUGACAAAAGCCAAGAUUCUGGGUCUGAUAAUCGUAUAAGUACAGUCAGUCUCAAGGAAGCGUUGGAAAGGUUUGACCGCAGCCCGACUCCGUCCGCUUCCUCACGGAGUUCGAGGAAGUCCUCACACACAGCCAUCUCAGACUCUGCCUCAACACCAACAAAGAUCCCAGCAGACACGAGCACCCCUCCCAGGCAGCAUCUGCCAGCCCAUGAGAAGAUGGUACCAAGGAGGCCCUCGCUUAGUGGUCAGUCCCUAAAUUCCCAGUCUGUUGGUCAAUCAUUAACACAGCCAGUGAUGUCUCAAGCUGCAAAUGUAUCAGUUCCACAAGGCAUCUCUCAGUUUCAGUUCUCAGCUCAGUUAGGAGCCAUGCAGCAUCUGAAAGACCAGUUGGAGCAACGGACCCGGAUGAUAGAGGCAAAUAUUCAUCGGCAACAAGAAGAAUUAAGAAAAAUUCAGGAACAACUUCAAAUGGUCCAUGGUCAAGGGCUGCAGAUGUUUUUACAGCAGUCAACCCCUGGAUUGAAUUUUGGUUCUGUUCAGCUUUCUUCUGGAAAUCCAUCAAAUCUUCAGCAGCUCACACCUAUAAGUAUGCAAGGCCAAGUUGUUCAAAAUAACCAGAUUCAAAGUGGAAUGAAUGAACCCAUUAGCACAGCUCAGCAUGUGAUACAGCAGCAGACUGUACAGAAUUCAUCAAGUCAGCAGAGUCAACAAAACGUUCUGAGCGGUCACAGUCAACAGACAUCUCUCCCUAGUCAGACGCAGGGCACUCUGACGGCCCCACUGUACAACACCAUGGUGAUUUCUCAGCCGGCGGCCAGCAGCAUGGUCCAGAUUCCAUCUAGCAUGCCACAGAACAGUUCCCAGGGUGCUGCGCUGGCUGCGUUCCCUCAGGACAGACAGAUGAGAUUUUCUCAAGGUCAGCAACUUGUGACCAAAUUAGUCACUGCUCCCGUGGCAUGUGGGGCUGUGAUGGUGCCAAGCGCCAUGCUCAUGGGGCCGGUGGUGACUGCCUACCCUGCUGUGGCUUCACACCAGCAGCCACAGGCCCUGUCAGUCCAGCAGCAGCAGCAGCAGCAGCAGCAGCAGCAGCAGCAGCAGCAGCAGCAGCAGCAGCAGCAGCAGAGCUCCCAGGACCAGCCGCUGCCUUCCGUUCAGCAGGCAUCUCAGGCUCAGCUGCCUCAGCCACCGCAGCAGUUUUUACAGACUUCCAGGUUGCUCCGGGGGAGCCCCUCAGCUCAGCUGAUCCUCUCUGCUGCAUUUCCCCUGCAGCAGGGCCCUUUCCCUCAGUCACACCAGCAGCAGCAGCAGCAGCUGAGUCGGCACAGGACUGAUGCUCUGACCGACCCUUCCAAGGUUCAGCCGCAGUAGUGUCGGCGCAUCCUCUGUGCCCUCCAGCCAGAAGGGCCUUGCAGUUGCUCAGAUGAUCUGAGAAUGGGAUGGAAAGUUCCAGCGGUUUCAUGAGAUGCAGUAUUGAGUGUUCUAGCUCCUGGAGUUUGGUAGCAGGGAGGACGCUGCCUCGUGCUGCAGGUGUGUCAGAUGGCGGCCAGAGGGAGGGGAUGGGGGCGGGGGGCCACAGCCAGUUCUCCCCCUGCUGUACUUACCCAGAAAUCAUUUGCUGGAAGAAGAGUAUGUUGCCAAACGUUAAGAAGCUCAGCUAUGAAACGUGACCUGCGGUGAAUCAGAAAGGCCCUGACAGUGACUUGGUGGUUCUGUGCCUGUGUUCACGUGUGGGAGGACGCAGCGCUGCCCCAUCAGGGCUUUGCUUACAGUGAGGCCGUGAUGGAAUCGUAAUUCAUUUCAGAGCCGUGUAGCUUUACGUUCUCUGUGUACAGAUGCUGUAAAAACAAUAGUAUGUAUAUGUCUGGAUAAAAGGACAGAAAGCAAAACAUUUCGUAUGCUGCAUGCAGAGAUUGUCUCCUCCGAGAUGUGCGUACAUUUCCCUAGAUUCUGAUGCCUCAUGCAAACUGAUAGAGCCUCUCUCUCCCCUCCUGUUCACAGCACAGUCGUGUUGGGUCCCUGGCACAGGGCUUUCUGUUCCUGCUUUGGCUGCGACGUCACAGUUUGUUCAGGGAGGUGUGAUGUGCUGCUGGGGAUGGAUGUUUUUUCAGGUUAAAUGAUUUGAAACAGAAUCUUCAAGUUACUCAGAAAUAUCCCUCGUUUCAUUAUUUUUCAAUUAUGUUUGCAAAUAGGAUUUGCACUGUUUUCAGAUAGUUGGGAGGUUUGAUCACAUAUUUUGAUCUAGUUCAUAGUGGAAAUAGUUGUGUAAAUGGUUUUCAACAAGCCUGAAAGUAAUUUCAAGAAUGUUUCAGUUAGAAGAGUAAAAUUUGCACACAAAAUAUUUUAGGCACUUUUUAGCAUUCUCACUGGUGGGAAUUUUAACUUUUAGGAUUUGUUGGAAUCUUUUUAUUCUUCACAGUUUUAAUGCUUCUUUUAGAUAUGAUUCAGGGUUAUUUGAGGGGAAAAAAAAAACCCAUAGUGCCUUGAUUUUGAUUCAGGUGAGAAUUCACCAUCUUGAACUCAUUGUCUGGUUUCAGUAGCAGUUUGGAAAUCUUAGUACAUUUUUAAUAGCAUGUGGAUGUCAGUGCCAUUAAGUUCCUGUGAAGACUGAGCCUCUUAGUUUAGAGGUUCAAGGAAUUUUGAAAUAAAAGGUGACAUCCUAAUGACACUCUCGGAGUUAUUCAUAUGAUCACAAAAUUAUUUUCCUAAAUCAGCAUUUUUCUUAAAGCUGUGUAAUCAUUUAGAAAUUACUAGUAACUAUUUGCUCAGUAUGACCUUAACAUCCUACAAAGAAAAAAGAAGUAGAAAUUGGCUUUCUCUUCACAGCAACCCUAGAAUAUUUUAGCUCACAUGCUUCAUAAACGUGAACUAAGAUUUCAGCUGGCGGCAGUAUCAUAUUAUACAGGUAGUAAGUUCCAACCAGAACUGCAUACAUUACAAAGAUUAUAUAUUUUAUGGUACUAAUAAUUAUAAUUACAGAACAAAGAAAAAUUAAUGGGAAACUAUCUUAUUAGAAUAUCAAAAAUGAUUGAGGAAAGGCAAGCUAACUAAAGCAAGCCGUAAUAAAUCAAAACUGACCUUAAAAGAGAAUGUAUGACAGAAUUAAGGUUGUUAAGCAGAAAAGGUUUUGAACAAUGAAAAUAACCUAAUAUGGAGUUGCUGCAUAACAGCGGAGUGGGGAGGGUGUCAGUCUGUUGUUAAGACUUUUCUGUCCUCAGCUUUACUAUUAACCUUAAGGGAUGGACUUUGUCUUUCUGUGGGAAACCAUACCUGGCCACACUUAAACUAGAAAAUUAAUGCUGAAAAGAAAACGACCAAAGAAAGUUGGUACCUACUCUCUAUAAAAGGAGUGUCACUAGAUGCCAGUCAGUAAUUACAUAUCAAGGACUCCUCUUCUAGCUAAGUGAUCAUUGAAAGAGGGUGUUGACUUUCUCAUGAAUGUCAAGACUAGAGUCAAAGUGAGCAUAUGCUUUGUGCAUAUGCGCACGUGGACACACGGCUGCCACAGACACACACAGCAGCCUUUCCCCCUUCGAGUCGCCUCUUACCUAUGCCUCUCCAUUUGUUUCUGGGUUGUGCCUCGUUUGCUUAGUGGUGGUAUGCAGUGAUGCAGAUUCAGCACACAAGCGACGCAAAAAACUGUUAAAUCCCCCAGUGUCUCCUGAGUCCCGUAGGUAAAAAGAAAGCUGGAGCCGUGAGCACCGUGUUCAGGUCAACACACGCCAAGCAUAAGCCAAGCCACGAGGUAAACCUACCUCUAGACGGUUGGUUCACCGUCUCCUCUGCCAGACCUUUUGAGUAUUGUCAUCCUCACAAUACUAGGGAAGAAAAUUAGACAGGAGUUUGCUUUAUAAUUUUUGUUGUUCCUCGGGACAGGUUAUUUUGUGUUUGUUCUUGCUUAGACCUGGUUGCUGCGUUUUGAAGAGCAGCUAGCCGCUUUGCUUUUUUGCCUCAGCUCCUCCUCGCAUGGCUUUCUUCCUCCUGUUCCCCUGGCCCUCCGGUUACAGAGCUCCCCCUCACACCCCCACAGGUGGAGACUGGAGGUGUCAAUGAAGACCCUGCUGCUGUCUCAUUUCAUUCAUUUCUGUAGCCAAAGUUGUUCAUUAAAAUUCCCAAUCUAAGUCAUGAAAAAAUACCAAAUAGGAGCACCUUUCAGUUACUUAAAAAUCUUACUUCCCUCUGCUUUAUUCUCAUAGACAUUCAGCUUUUCUUAAAAACAAACAAACAAACAAAAAACACAUUAUCACUGUUCUGGGCGGUAGCUGUUGGCUGUCUUGCAGUUAUCUUCUUUGCACUGUGUGGGCACUGGGUUUUAACAACUACCAGUGAGCACUACAAGGCUUCAUGAAGUUGCUGCCAGAAGUUGUCAGACCAGAACCAAGACCCUCAAGUACUUCAUUUCAGUGAAAAUAUUUGCAGAACAGUAAACAUGGGGGAUGAGGGCUACAAGUCAGUCAGUCCAGUCAGUCGUCUCCCAGCUCUGUCCUGAGUUGAGGGGGUAACUGGAGUCCUGUGCUUUGCGUUAUCACUUCAACGUGGUUUAGGAAUGUACUAGUCAGAGGAUGCCAGUGACUUUGAGGAGUGUGUCAGAGGAUACUCAGUGCAGGGUAGUCAAGAUGUUAUUUGAGUUCUUCAGUAAUUGCCUUAAAGCCAUCUGUGUGAGCCAGGCCCCAGGCAGGGCAGCUCUGCAGGGGUCUCUGUGUGGUGAAAGGAGAUGAACCUUUGCUCAGGAAGCCUUCGGAAGGGGCCUUUCUGGCAGCUGUUUGCCUGCCCUACAGACAGGUGAGAAUUAGUUUAAACUGGAUACUACUCAGCAUGUUUUAAAAUGUUUCCACUACAUUGAGGUAAACUUUUUUAAAGUGGGCUACAAAUAGCAUUUUGCUGUAGUAUUGCUCAUUUCUACUUUUUUUUUCUCUAUUUCUCUAGUGAUCAGAAGUUUAUUGACAUAUUUGUGUAAACUCACUCAAGUCCAUAACCCUUCCAAUAUCUGUGCCCCUGUUCUCAGUUCCUCAGGAGUCAGUGUUGGAAGAGGUGGAAACACUGGAUGUUGCUAUUGCUGAGUCUAGCCAGGAAUAAGCUGACUGGAAUGUUUAAACGUAGGGAAGGAAACAGCACAUAAGGCACUUGCCAUUUUUAUCGUGAUUGGAAACAAGUCUUUUGUUUGGGGUGGAUAAGCAUUCUUCUAAAAGGAGCUUCUGAAUAAUAGCAAAGGAAAAGAGCUGACUAUUUUUAUAGCAUAUUUAAUAUAUUUGUAUAUAACUCAAUACAGUAGGAACCCUUCGCACGCCUCCUGCCCUGGAACCCAGGUCCCCUUUGCCAUAUAGCAUUAGCAUAGCCUCCGCACUGGGGCUGCGGCCAGCCCCAGCCCCCAGCCAGUGCUGCUGCUCCUGAGACAGGUGAGAAGCCCCGACUCUCAUGCCCGGGGAUCCUUCCUAUAGGAAUCGCACACACUUCGCAAACAGCACACCACAGUCUAAGAGCAUCAUUUUAAAAGGUAACAAGCACUUUAUUGUAAUUAUUCAUUUUGAUAAAGCUUAUUAUCUUAGAUAUUACCAUUUCUGAAGGGUCCCCAAAUCAUCACUUAGAUGAAAAUUUUAAAUGACAUUUCUGAGAAAUGUUUAGAUCCAGUGAACCAUAGUAGGUUUAGAGGAGUGACUGCAAGGUAGCCAAAUGAACUUGGACUUUUGUCUUGAAUGUGAGGGAGUUGAGACUGUAGAUGCCUGGUUCUGUUCAGACACUAUUGUAAACCUAUGCUGCCUAUCUAUUGUGUAGACACCAAAAGAGACCAUUGAGUCUGUUUGUUUUCAAAGGUCUGGGAAAACUGCAUCAGUGUGAAUAGAUGUGUACAACUAUCCUAAAGUGAUUGGUAGUAAGAUUUUAGAAUAUAAUAACUUCAAGAAUUACUCUGGGUGUUUUAAAUGUGUGCUGAAAUGUUGGCAUGUCGUUUCAGUGUUGCCAUUUGAAUUGCUCUUGUAACAUUUUUGCACAAAAAUGACUUUAGAAAGACUACUUUGGUUGAAAAAAACAGGAAAAAUUGGUCUUAACAUCUCCUGUGGAAACACUGGGGAUGGAUUUUGUUGGUAUAGCUAUUAAUUCAGGAUAUUUAAAACAGUAUUGAACAGCUCACAGAAAUUAAGUAAACGUGGAUCAUGAAAAACUAAGUUUCUUUCCAUGUGACUGUUUUGCAUACUUUUUUCCCCAUGUCAUAAUUUAACACUACAUUCCUUGUUUUUCUUAAAUAAAACAAUACUUUGCAGGUUCUGUUUUUGAGUAACUAUGUUUUGUAAGCUGCCUGGGCUUUCCUAAGGAAACAUUCUUUAGUGAAAUAGGAUGUAGUUUAUGAAGAGACGUCAUUAAGUAAAAUUCCAUCACCACCACCAGCAAACACUGAGGUGCUGCAUUAAGUGACAAUCAAAAUAGUAUUUAUGAGAGAAUUUAGAAAGUGGUUUUUAAAGAAGCAAUUGCUUUGAGAGCAGUUCUCUGGGUUUCUUGAAUAAAAAUGGCUAAAUGUAUUUAUUUAUAUUUUUAAAUAUCUUUGUGUUGUUUUCUCAUCAGAGUUAUUUCACAGUGUCAUGUAUUUAAUUGUGGUUUGUUUUGUUCUGCCUUGUACUUCUCCUUAGAGGACCGGCUCUCCUUACCUGGGGCUGUCCCUGGGCUGGUGACGCCCCUCUGUGGCCAUGUCCCUGGGCUGGGGACACUUCUCCGUGGCCAUCCAUGUGUGUUCAGGGCAGCAGUGGAGCCCAAUCCAGGUGCCCAUGUGUUUCUCAACUUAGCUCAGAGAAAGUAAAGGUACCUCCUUUCAAAUCUGCUUCAUUUAGCUCCAGCCUUUUUCUGGUUUCACUUGCUGCCUUUUCUAUUUUAUGGGCAUUUUUAUAUGGUAGCUUUCCCAACACAGCCAGAGGCCAGUAUGACAGAAGCCAUGGCAAAUGUUCCCUGUUUCACCCAUCUGGGAACAUAUUAUUAAAACAAUCAGCAUCUUCUAAUGGCCGUCACUAUCAUAUCUGUAUUAAUUUCAAGUUCAUCUGAAGUCCUUAAAUACAAGUGGAAUGGUGUACGCACACUGCAAACUUGCCUGCAAAAAAAGUUUCCUGUCUUUAUAGUGUCAUGUUGCUUGGUCCUUUAAAAACAAAAGCCAAACCAAACCUUCAUACAUGGCACACGGUCCAACAAAGCAGGGUUGGACCAUUUGAAACCUAGACAUUUGAGGGCACUUGUGCUGGUCUACAUUAGAAUAGAAUUCAACUCCUUAGGGCGCCCAGAGCUUUUGAGUCCCACAGGCCAGGUACAGAGCACACACUAGCUUUGGGAUCCUUUAGAGAAUGGUAGUUAAAGUGUGUCAACCCCAAGUUGGAUUUAAUGAUGUAAAAAAUAUUUCUUCACCCUAAGGACUAAAUUGAAGAUGUGAUGUUUUCAGAUCAUGCAUUUAAAUUUCUGAGGAAACAAACUGACAUCAUUUUAAAAAUGCCAUUCAGAUGUUUUAUGAUGUGUUUUGAGUUGGCUGGUACUGGUCCAGAUCCACUGCUGGCAAUGGUUGUGCCAGUACUAAAGAGUUAAAAUGUAGGAAAAGCUGUAUUCAGAUUGAUGUAUUAUGUAACUAGGCUAUCAUCAUCAAGAAGAAAUAAAUUUUGGCUAGGAAACAUCUCUUCCUUCAUAGAUGUCAGCCAGAACAGCUGUCACCGACAUCCUAGAAUUGUCCUGAAUGUGUCUUGUUGUGCGGUAAGUUGGGGACAGCCCUUGGUGUAGCCUUUUGCACAUUAUGUAGAGACUGAAGCCCAAAGACGAGUUAAAUUCAGUGCUGUAUUGAAACCAGUUAGGGCAAAAAAGUUUAUUCCUGCAAAUUUUUCAUUGUUAACAUCAGGUGGUAGUUGUGAAAACAGACACCACUCUUUGCAGUGUUCUGUGUGGUUCUUAGUGUGCUUCCUCUUGACACUGAUGGGUCCUUAAUGCUUGGUUUUGGUUUCUCAGUUAAAAUUAGAGCCUGUCCUUCCUUCAGAAAGGGUGGAGCUACAUAUACGUGGCUGACUGAUACUAGGUAAGAAUACCUAGUUUUCCUAAAGCAAGCAUUCAGUUGAAAUCCAAAUUGAUCUGCAAAAACAAGACUGACAGUUUCCAAGUAACAUCUUCAACCCGAUCCUGAACUGCACAGAAGCACGAUGGGAUAGUGACUGGUUUCAACGGUGCUAUUUUAGGUUCUCCUGAUUUUCAUGAGCUGUGUUUGGAAACGGAAUACUGUAUAAAAUGUGGAUCAUUUUGUUACCAAUAUUGCUAUUUUAAUUUGGUGUUACAAUUGGCGCACCUGCUUCUCACAGCUGCCCUUUGAGAAGAAGUACACGUGUUACCAGCCUGCCUCCACUCAGGCUCUUGCUGUAGCAUCAUUUUUCCAGGUGAUGAUGUGCAGUUUUAAACUACAUGUACUAUUAUACUGCUCUUUCCCACAGACUCUUGUAAUGUUUUCAGAACCUAAAAUGACAGCAAAAGAGCCAAGCAGGAGCAUUUGAGUUUCUUUUGUAAAAUGUAAAAUGACUAAAUUUAGACUGUCUCUCCUUGUACAGUUUUAAAAAUAAAUACCUCAGUGCUGUUUUCCAGGAUCCCCUGCGUUUCUCAAAAUAACACCUGCUUCGUGUGGUACAUAACUUGUAAGAACCACAUUAUUUUGGAUUUUGAAGAAUAUUAAAUAUUUUAAAAUCACUA